GUCGAGACCGACUACCCAACAAAAUAUUCAUGCUCCAAUAUCGGGCGACAAAACCCAGCCUUUAAGCAAUCAUGGCCGACGCACGGCCAGAACAAAAGAGAUAUGCCCUCAUCGGCACCGGGGGACGUUCAAGCUUCUUUUACACGGCGAUCGCGACGACUUACAAGGCCACCUCACAAAUUGUGGCCCUCUGCGAUACCAAUCAAACACGGCUCGACUAUGCCAAUGCACAAUUAGAGUCAUUGGGUCACGCCAAAGUUCCAACGUACUUGGCGAAAGACUUCGAUCACAUGAUUCAGGAUACCAGACCGGACGAAGUGAUCGUAACUACCAUUGAUCGUACACAUAACACAUACAUUGUCCGAGCUCUCGAGCUUGGCUGUAAUGUAGUCACCGAAAAGCCCAUGACCAUCGAUGUCUCACGGUGUCGAGAGAUUUUUGACGCUGUGGAGCGAACUGGCAAAAAGGUUCGCGUCACGUUCAACUAUCGAUAUGCGCCACACAAUACAAAAGUGUGGGAACUCUUGCGUUCGGGUGCAAUUGGAGCCGUCACAAGCAUACACUUCGAGUGGAUGCUCAACACGUCUCAUGGAGCCGAUUAUUUUCGACGCUGGCACCGCGACAAGCGAAACUCAGGAGGGCUGUUGGUCCACAAGUCGACACACCACUUCGACCUCGUGAACUUCUGGCUCGGCUCCCGGCCAGAGACUGUGUAUGCACAGGGUGACUUGAAAUUCUACGGUCGAGAAAACGCCGAAAAGCGUGGCGUUACAGAGUUCUACAGUCGAGCACAUGGCAGCGAUGUUGCCAAGUCAGACCCUUUUGCGUUACACAUGGAGACCAACACCAAGUUGAAGAACAUGUAUCUAGACGCGGAACAUGAGGACAGCUACUACCGAGAUCAGAGCGUGUUUGGUGACGGCAUUACUAUCGAGGACACCAUGAGCGUCAUGGUCCGGUACCGGAACAGUGCAGUACUUACGUACUCGCUGACUGCCUACGCGCCGUGGGAGGGAUUCCGUGUAUCGUUCAAUGGAACUGGCGGCCGUUUAGAGAUGGAAGUGAUUGAGAAUAGCUAUGUCAACAGUGGUGGAGACCAGUCUCUUGAGGGCUCUCUCGAAAGUCGGAAGAUUACGUUAAGAAAAUUGUUCGAGAAGCCUACAGAGAUUGAGAUACCUACAAGUGUGGGUGCUCAUGGUGGUGGUGAUGAAGUGUUACUUGCAGACUUGUUUGGUGAGCGAGGGGCCGAGAUUGAUCAGGACAUGAGGGCUGCCACGCAUGUCGAUGGAGCACUCUCGAUCCUGACAGGCGUAUGCGCGAACAAAUCCAUCGCUAGCGGGCAAGUGGUAAAUGUGCGCGAUGUGUUCGAUUUAUAAUUACGAAGUACUUGCGUCGAAGUCUCCAAGCCAAUGAAAUCAACG